AAGACGUACUUUCUUGGAACACUUGUAUCAUUGAUUCAACCUUUUACUCUUGUAUUUAGGAGAUACAAAAUCUAUAUACUCACUAAAAUAAAUAAUCUUAGAUACACAGUAUAAUCGAGAGAGUUCUGGUGAACACCCUCUCCCACUCCUAGAUCAACCUUUUGCCUACUUCGAUUACUUCCUUUGAGCUAAGAUCAGUAGGAUCUGCAUACAUCCUACUCUUCGGACUCCGCUAUAUAAAGCCAUUGCCAAACUUAUUAAGACAAAAAUAUCACUAGCCAUGGAGAAAAAAGUAGAGAUAACAUCACAAAAUUUGAUAAAACCUAAAGUUUGUCAUAUUGAAUCCUUCAAUUUUUCAGCUCUAGAUCAACUUGCUCCCCUUCCUCACUAUCCAAUCUUUCUAUACUAUCCAAAUGAUGAUCAAGAAUCAACCAACAUAUCAACAAAAUCCCAACAACUAAAAAAUUCAUUAUCCAAAAUUUUAUCUGAUUUUUAUCCAUUUGCUGGUAGAUUAAUCAAUGAAAACACUUCACUAAGUUUCAAUAAUCACAAUAAUGAUGAUUUUGGUGUGUUAUUUAUUGAAGCUUUUGCACAUAACUAUAAUCUCCAAGAAGAUAUUCUUCUCUCAGGCAUUAAAACAAACACUUGUGGACACUUUCUCCCAACACUUGAUUCACUAUUGCAAACUCAUUUGUUGAUUGUUCAAGUCACAUUCUUUAAAUGUGGAGGCAUGAUUCUAGGUUGUUGGGUUUCUCAUAAGUUAUCCGACGCUACGUCUAUUUGUAGUCUCAUCAAUAACUGGGCAUCCACUGCUCGGGAAGGAGCAGUGGAUGCCCAGUUAUUACUGACCCCUGAUUUUAAAACAGGGGUCAAAAUCUUCCCACCUACCCAAAAACCCUAUCCAUCACCAUUCACUAACUUUGUUUUUAAUGAACAACAACUCGUUUCGAAGAUCUUCUUGUUUAAUGGACCUAGCAUCGCGAAUCUCAAGACUAAAGCUUUAUCUAAGGAUGUACCUAGCCCUACGCGUGUUGAAGCCGUGUCAGCUCUCAUAUGGAAAUGUGCGACUGUCUCAUCUAAAAGCAGCUCUGUUUGGAAGGAAUGAGAACCGCGUAAAUUAGCAGACUGAAGAGGGUAGUACGUACGCAAAUUUUAUCCCUACCUUCACGAGGUAGGAAAGUUGUUUCUAAUAGACCCUCGGCUAGAGGAAAGAAAACUAAAGAGAAACUAUGAGCAAGAAUUCACCAUUACCUUUCACUUUGUAUUUUGUGGAUUCAACUCCCAUAUCAAAGACAAAUAUCAACCAAAGAUCCAAAAUUUUGUUACUAUGUUACAUUAAGAAAAAAAUGAGUCACUUGCCACAAGUAAACCAUAAACAUCUAAAUUUUUUGAAAGGCAUCACAAAUAAUGUAGCAAAUUGUACGAGGCAAAAUGGGAAGGCACCAAAAUUUUCGUUUUAUUAA